UCUAGACCAAUCCACCAACGGGUACUUUUCAAGCAGUAUACAUUAGUGGAUACAGAAAGGAAUCUAUAGGUGAUCCGGAUUUUAUAGAUGAAGAGACAGCCUAUGUAUAUUUCAUAUACCCAAAAGGAGGAAUGAACCUAAUUGCCCUGAAAAACAGUGGUACAUCUAUUGGCAUUUCUGCUGGUCCAUACGCUAAUAAAAUACAACUCAGCCAGACUACAUUUGACUGGAUUAAGAACAAAAACUACUACAAAGAGGUCAUCACUUAUGAAAUUGGAAGAAUUUCAGGACCUGAACAGAAAUGUGAAAAACAUGUGUGUAAGAAUUCACAGCUUAUUACAAAUGCAGACUACAGCAACCAGAUCAGUCAACUCUACACAUGUCCCUGUACUCUUGGUUUACUAGGGUUACAGUGGAGUUUGUAUGAAAAACGUGGAGCCCUGAAAGAUAUUUUCUGCUUUGUAAUUAGUCCAGUGGCUAAAAGAAGGAUAUUACAAAAUAACCCAAGAAAUAAGUUAUGCUGCUACAAAUGGACUCAACCAUCAGUAACCAGUGAUUGGAUGAAGUGGGCUGAAUCAAGACAACAGGCCUCAUUCAUUCACAACACACCUGAUGCUGGUCAUGUUCUUGUAGGUGAUCCUUGGUGGUCACUGGCUGCUAAUGAAAGUCUUGAGGCUCAAAGGUCAUGUUGUAAGGAUGGGAACGUGGGUAAACUCUGUGACAGGUAUAAUCUCUUGUACCCAGACCAAGAAUGCUCCUAUGACGUCACCUUUGUGCCAGGUAUAUUUUCAAUGUUGUUAGAUUUUCAUAAGACUUCUUGGAUGUUCAUACUUUUCCCCUUAAUUAAAAAUAACAAUAUUUUUACAAAUAAAACUGAUUCUCAAGACCGUUGAAGCGCGCCAAGCCACGAUCGUGGCUUUGCUGUUACAUAACUCAUAAUGCUUAAGGCCAUCUGGCGCUAAUAUCUAUUUUAUUUACUAAGCAGUGUAUAUCUGCAACAAGCCUCACAUUAUUAAAUUUGUUUUAAAAGAAAUAAUUUCACAAUGUAUAAAUUCCGUAUUUGUAAGGAAAAAGGUUAGGAUAUAAUUUUCAAAUGUUAUUUUGUGUUCCAGCUUGGAUGCUUGGAGACCCAACCAUUGUGACGUUGGAUAAUGUGACCUACUUGUUUAAUGGCAGAGGUGAAUACAUUAUGAUGGAUGUUCAAUCUGAGAACUUUACACUACAGGCCAGAACAGACAGAGCAGAAACAAGCAACGGAACUUUAACAAACGCAACUGUCUUCACAGCAUUUGCUGCUAAGGAAAAGGAAAUUUCACAUUUCCAAGUGGAACUUGCAGCCAGUAAAACGUCCAUGUUCCUGUAUGUUCGUGGCCAGAAUAUUACAGAAAGCUUUUACUCAUUUGUAGACUACCGGCUUUCUCUCGAAACUAUUGAAGUUUUCAGGGAUGAUAGUGGAAACAAAACCAAAGUGGCUGUUGUAUUUCCUUGUGGUGUGUCAUUCACCUUCCGAGUGGGGUACAAAAGCCUUGAAUUGGACAUGCAAGCACAAAAAACACUUAAAGGAAAAACAAAAGGCUUACUAGGCAAUUUUAAUGGAAACAAAAAAGAUGAAUUCACAUUACCAAAUGGAACCGUUUUAAGAUCCAAUCUAACUGAAAGGGAAAUUUUCUACAACUUUGCAAAUAAAUAUCAAGUAACUCAAGCUAACUCAGUGUUCACCUACAGAGAUGGAAAAACUGCUCUAGAUUACCAGUUUCCUGAUUUUGUGCCAUUUUUCAAUGACUCAGCAACUGCCAGCCAGUUGCAAAAAGCAAGAGAAGUUUGUAAAAAUGGGACAGAUUCCUGUGUAUUCGACUACAUGGUCACCAAUGAUCUAAACUUUGCAAUCAACACAAACAACACAAUUUCACAAUCUUUGACUGUGAAGAAAAUUCUAGCUAAUUCAUGUCCUGUGUUGAGUGUUGUGAGAAACAAAAAUUAUGUGAAUAGACGUUGGUUAGUUCAGGAAGGUGUUGCCAAUACACUGAGUUUUAAAGCUGUUGACAAAGAUAAAGAUGCGGUAACUUAUAUCUUAGUAGAAGGUUCAUCUGCUGUAUCCCUCACACAAAAUGGAUUGUUGACCUACACGCCAUCAGUAAAUUCAACUGUCAGUGUAGUCCUUAGAGUAAAAGACUCCCAAGAUUGCUACUCACCUGUAAUGAUCAUUCCAAUAACAAUUUGUCCAAGAUGUAGUGGACAUGGUCAGUGUAACAAGAACAUGACCAGAGAGACAGAAUAUUUUGGUGGUCUUGUCAAAAUUUUUAAGUGUAGCUGCUUGCCUGGAUAUACUGGAACAAACUGUGAGUCAGAACUUGAUGCCUGUAAAGACAACCCAUGUUACAAAGGCCAGACUUGCACUGACCUGACAGCAGCUCAACAAGGAAACAGAGAGAUUGGAUAUGUAUGUGGGCCUUGUCCAGCUGGGUACACAAAUUACCUCGGCAAAUGCAUAGAUGUUGAUGAAUGCAAUAACCCCAGUAGAUGUGAAAAUUAUUGCAAUAACACGGAUGGUGGCUAUGAAUGUAGUUGUAGAGAAGGUUUUGUUCUUAACAGGACUGAUGCAAAAACAUGUUUAGCCAAGAACUGCUCCAACAGAUGUGUGACACAAAACACGUUGUACUGUGAUGAGGGAGUGAGUCAGUGUGUAUGUCUGGAUGGCAUCAAGACACCUGACUGUUCUGUCAAUGUUGACAAGUGUCUGUCCAAGCCUUGCCCAGCUAACCUGAUGUGUGUCAGUACACAGACCAGUUAUGAAUGUCUUUGUCUAAAUGGACAACGCCCAAUCAAUGGUGGUUGUGCUGACUGCAACAGACAAUUAACUGAAGUCAGUGGUAAAUUCAUGAGCUCCAACUACCCAGACAACUAUCCCAGUAACCAGUUCUGCACAUGGACCAUCAUGUCCAACGAUUCACUGGCUAUUAUUUCCUUAAACAUUACAGAGUUUGUAGUUGAAGGCUGCCCUUAUGACUACCUGGAGGUGUAUGAUGGUAGGGAUACAAAUGCUGACCUGUUUGGGCAGUACUGUACUGAUGCACCAGGGCUGGUUACCUCUUCAGGAAAUUCUUUGACCGUCACAUUCACAUCUGAUGGUUCUGGGAAUCUUAAAGGCUUUAUUGCUUCAUAUGCUAUUGAAAGUCAAUGUAAAAACCUACAGUGUUCACACAGUUGCCAGAUAGUUUCAGUGAAUCCACGAGUUGAGAAAUGUGUUUGUCCUGAAUGGACUAGAUUGGAUACAGUUUCUGGCACAAAAUGUCUUGAAAUCAAUGCCUGUAACACAACAGUAACCAGCAGCUCAGGUCUAAUUGUCAGCCCAGGAUAUCCACAGAAAUAUGGCGCCUACACUACCUGCUACUGGACGAUACCUGCCAAUACCAAUACAUUCACCAAACUGAGUUUCCUGGAUAUUGAUAUGGAGGCUGGCUCCACCUGUCCAUAUGACAGUAUAAAAGUCUAUGAUGGUACCAGUUCCAGUGCUCCAUUGCUGAGUCUAGUGUGUGAGGGUGUUCUUCCUCAAACUAUAACUUCUACAGGAAAGGGAGUGUUCAUUGUUUUCAAAUCUGAUGAGUCUAUUGCUGGCAGAGGAUUUAAGCUGCAGUACGGUUAGGGUUAGAGAUGGAUGGGCAGAAAGAAGAGACAGUUUCUAAUGCUGAAUACUUACUAUUCUUGUCUUUAAAUCAC